AUGGGCUUCUUAGAUGUCGCUACUGAGAUCCGGCUCAAAAUCUAUUCGGAACUCCUCGUUCUUCUCGAGCCGAUCAAGUUCGUAGCGAAUUUCGGCCCUCCGCUGCCCCCCCUCUUACGAUCUCGAAGGGAUAGACUCCAUCCUGCUGUUCUUCGUUUGAGCAGCAAGGUGUAUAACGAAGCCAGUCCGCUACUCUAUUCCAAGAAUCGAUUCCAAUUCCCUGAAGUAUUCGGCUCCGCACCGUCUCUUCCGAUUCGAGCUCACGUCGCGCCCUUUCUUAUCCAAAUCGGAUCGCAAAGCAAGCUAAUUCACCAUAUCUGUAUUCCCUUUCCCACCUUCAACUAUCCCGUACCCGAAAGAGCUAGGCUUGAUGAAGUGCACAUCGAAAAUCUAGAGCUCAUCAGGAAGACCUGCACAAACAUUAAGACUCUCGAAUUAUUGGUACCACUCGAACAUUGCAACUAUGCGCUCGACGAUUGGGCAAUCGCAUCAGAGGCGUUGGAUUUACUCAACACACGAUUCAAGGCUAUUCAUUCCCUGAAAGAGAUUAUGAUUAAUUUUGAGGAGUACCCCGAAGAUGACCCAAGCGAUGGCCUGACGAAGAAGAUGCGCGAUAUUGGAUGGACUGUUAGGAUCACAAGGCUUCCGAAGAGGGUUUGGAUCUCCAUUGAUGAUCGAGUCGAGUUUGACAAUGAAGAGGUUGAGAUGGAAGAAGAGACGGAAAAGGAACAGUGGCUGGACGAAUAUUAUCGUCGACGACAUGACCCUUAUUGGGAGAAUGAUUCAGACUAUGACUGA